UGAAUCAUCCCAAAAAAUGAAAAAUAAAUCCAUCCACCGGUCCGUCCAUCCCACAAAACUUUUCUCGUGCUACUACUGCUACAUUUAUGAUUUAUCUUCUCUAGCUGGUGAAAAGCCAAGCAUAUGAAAGAAACCAUGAAUAAUCCUAUGGCCACUUCUUCCUCCUCGAGACCAUCUAUUUCUCCUCACCACCCUCCUCAGUUCACUCCUAUUGAAGAAGGGAACGAAGAUGAGGAGUUGUCGCGAAGCAGUUUCAGAGCGACGACCCCUAGUGAUUCAACUGACCCGAGACACCACAACCCGACGCCAUUGCAUCAAAAUUCUUCAGAAAAGAGAAGCAAAGAAAAGAGCACCAGAAAAAAGUUGGAGAAUGGUGAAGUUGCCGGGGAAGACGACCGUGGGAUCUCAUGCAAUAAGUGUAGGCCGGGUACCCGGGAGAAGAUAUCCGUCGUCCCUGUGGACAACAAUGGAGUUAAUAGACAAUCUUUAACCAGCCCAAAUGGUAUUUUCAGGUCUAUUUUCUCUAAUUUGAUAAAGAAAAGCCCCAGAUCAUCAGAUGAUCAGGGAUUAGCAGUUCCUGGGGAGGAGCAAUGGAAGGUUGCUGCGGCUGAGCUUUCUCAUAAACUCAUUCAAGCUACCAGAAAAAGAGAUGAGGCGAUUCUGGAGGCAUCCCGGUUGAAGUAUUCCAUGGCUGAGUUGGAAAAGAAGCUGAACAAGCUUGAGAUAUACUGUCACAAUUUGAAGUCCGGGCUCGAGGUUUGUGCUGGUAAUAAUAAUGCUAAUGCCCACCAGCAGUUACAAGCCAACAAGUGUUCUAAUUCUAAACCUCAAGUGAAUUAUCAGCUGGUAAAAGUUGGUCACGAUCAAGGAAAAGUGAUUGAGCAUUUCUUGGUUUCAGUUUCUGAGGCUCGGUCUUCAAUCAGGCUUUUAUCUCGAUCUUUGACUCUUCAGCUCAGACAAAUGGGAAACAAGGUUUAUGAUCGAAUAUCAUCGCUUCUUCAACAUUAUGAAGUCAAGAUUUCCAUAUCAAGAAAUCCGAGAGGUUUGCUUCUGUAUCUUGAAGCGCUAUUGAACAGAGCCUUCUUCGAAGAUUUUGAAUCGAUUGGGUUCCAAAAGAGUGCUCCAAACUUGAUUUUGAAUCCCAUUGACUCUUGUGAAGCAAAUUUCGCGUCCUUCAACCGGCUACAAGGGCUGACCUGGGAUGAAGUUCUGAAUAGAGGGACCAAGCAUUUUAGCGAAGAUUUUAGCAGGUUUUGCGAUAGGAAAAUGAGCGAGAUUGUGGCUAUGCUGGGGUGGAAUCGUGCGUGGCCCGAACAGCUUCUGCAAUCCUUUUUCGGUGCGUCUAAAGCUGUGUGGUUGGUGCACCUUUUGGCUCAUUCGGUUCAUCCAAGCCUACCAAUUUUCAGAGUGGACAAAGGUGCGACCUUCGAUUCGAUCUACAUGGAGGACAUGGGGGGAGAAAAGGCCCAAAAACUGGUGCCAACUAUAGUUAGGAUCAUGGUUACACCCGGGUUCUAUGUCUACGACAAUGUCGUCAAGUGCAAGGUUCUUUGCAGGUACUACAACAGCAACAACGGGUACAACAUUGACAGCAGCGGAAAGGUUUUGGUCCCAUCCCCGUCAUAGCAGAACGUGUACGAUCACUUGAUCAAGUUGUAGUACUAGUCAAUUGUUAAUUUGUCUCAUUUUGUUGCUUCUGUUAAUUAAAUUAAAGAAAAGAAAUAUAUGGGUGUUGACGGGCACGAUUUUGUAUGCAAAUUACUUAUAGAUUUUGAGAAUCUAAGGGUCAAACCAACAAAAUUUGGCAUU